AGCAUUCAAUGCGCAAGUGUGCCACCAACGAAUAGCAAAAGCACAGCAUAAUUAUCGAGGCGGUCCCGGCUACUAAAACCUUUCUACGGCCCCCACCACCGCCACUACCCCGCUUGGGUGCCAGAAACCGAGUGGUAGCAACUCAGUUGGUGCCAGCUAGUGGAGUUGGUAGUUAUCGCGAUCAAUAGUGUUGCGACGGUGACAAAAUGAACAUAAAUAUGAACAGUAGUUACGUGGAGACCUACAACCAGGUGCCAAAAUCAGGAUUCCUACGUCAGUUACCGCAAGUCAAGCAAGAAGCUGACAGCACGUCGCCUCUUCUGACGCCCCCACACACUCCAACGUAUCCGAACUCGUCCCCACCUCCUCCAGGGUACUGCGAUCCGUGGUACCGCCACCCCGAGAGGCCGGAAGGCUUCUACCCAUACUCCAACAUACCAUACGGUUACAACACUGCUGUUAUGAACCAGUAUUUGCAAAACGCUGCACUGUACCAUGCCAAACUACAGUUCCAGAAUUUGAGCAUGAAGGGCCCAGGACGUGCGCCCUUACAACCCAAAUUGAUCGCAGGGAAACUUAAACCAAAGAGACAGUUCAUCUGCAAGUAUUGCAAUCGACAGUUUACCAAAAGCUAUAAUUUGCUGAUUCACGAAAGAACACACACAGAUGAGAGACCCUACUCUUGCGACAUUUGUGGAAAGGCCUUCAGACGGCAGGACCAUCUUAGAGACCACAGGUACAUUCAUAGUAAAGAAAAACCUUUCAAAUGUACAGAGUGUGGGAAAGGCUUCUGCCAGUCGAGGACUCUAGCAGUUCACAAAAUCCUCCACAUGGAAGAAUCUCCGCACAAAUGUCCAGUAUGUAGUCGGUCCUUCAACCAACGUUCCAAUCUCAAAACACAUCUUCUCACCCACACGGAACGACCAUUGGAAUGUUCGAUGUGUGCUCAGUUUUUUGCAAGUUACAACGAUCUCAAAACGCAUGAGUUAAGACAUUGUCAGCCUAAAAUUGAAAUGAUUCCUACCACCGUUGAAGAAGUUCAUUUUACCAGCACGACUUGCUUAGACUUGACGAAGAAAAGAAGUGAAGGUGAAGAAGAGCAAGUUUUUCCAAAAAGUGUUACCCAAACUAAAGUCAAAUUAGGUUUUUCAAUAGAAGAUAUCAUGAAAAGAUAAAUGUUUACAAUGUUAGUUACUUUUAUUAGGCCAAAGAUGUUGUUGAUCUACCUCUAAUUUUUGAGACUGAGCUAUAAGUUACCGUUCGUUUCAGGAGGAGUAGUUUUUAAGUUAAUUCAUUGUAUAUAUAAUUAUUUAUGACUUUUUGUGUAAAUAAAUAUUUAUUUCUUGAUGAAA